GAGAGCGCUCGCAUGAGGAGCGCCCGGCGGCCGCACCGGGCCCGGGCGGCUGGUGAGCCCGUGCCCAGGAGCCGGCGGCAGCGGGCUCGGCGGCUGCCCGGGGAAGAUGAGCGCAGGCACGGCCCGGCUCCUGGCGGCCCUCUUCGCCGCGGCGGCGGCGGCCGUGGGCUACCCGGCCCGGCGCUCGGCCACCGAUCUGGACGCCACCCCCAGGACGACGGUCACCUUUGACGAGCUCCCCGGCGUCCGGCGCUUCAGCGCCCGCGCCCUGAACUACACCACGCUGCUGCUGGAGGACGAGCGCGGCGUCCUCUACGUGGGCGCCCGCGGGGCCGUCUUCGCCCUCAACUCCAGCGACGUGGCGGACGGCUCGCACCGCACGAUCCGCUGGGAAGCGUCUCCGGAGAAGCAGAUGGACUGCCUGCAGAAGGGCAAAAACAACAAGACCGAGUGCUUCAACCACGUGCGGUUCCUGCAGCGGCUCAACGGCACGCACCUGUACGCCUGCGGCACGUACGCCUUCCACCCGCUCUGCGCCUCCAUCGACGCCGACAGGUUCACGUUACCGUCCCACUUCGAGGAGGGCAAGGAGAAAUGCCCAUACGACCCCUCCCGUGGCUACACCGGCCUCAUCGUGGACGGCGGCUUGUACACGGCCACGCGCUACGAGUUUCGGAGCCUCCCCGACAUCAGGAGGAACCUGCACCAGCGGCCGCUGAAGACCGAGGAGUCCCCGCUGCACUGGCUCGACGACGCCGAGUUCGUGGCCUCCGUGCUGGUCCGCGAGAGCUGGGACAGCCCCAUGGGUGACGACGACAAGAUCUACUACUUCUUCACGGAGCGGGCCGGCGAGGAGACCACGUCCUUCUUCGACAAGAGCCAGGCAGCCCGGGUGGCCAGGGUGGCCCGCGUGUGCAAGAGCGACCUGGGCGGGAAGAAGAUCCUGCAGCGCAAGUGGACGUCCUUCAUGAAAGCCCGCCUGGUCUGCUACAUCCCCUACUACGAGGUGCUGCGCAGCGUGUGCAGCCUGGACGGCGGCAGCUGGCCCAGCACCGUCUUCUACGCCGCCUUCACCCUCUCGGCCCAGUGGAGGACCAUGGAGGCCUCGGCCGUGUGCCGCUACAGCAUCUCCGAGGUGCAGCGAGCCUUCGAGGGCCCCUACAUGGAGUACCAGGACUCGGCUCGCAAGUGGUCCCGCUACGACGGCAGGGUGCCCGAGCCCCGGCCCGGCUCCUGCAUCACGGACCACUCCCGCAGGAAGGGCUACAACUCCUCGCAGGACCUGCCCAACAGCGUGCUGGACUUCGUGAAGCUGCACCCGCUCAUGUUCGAGGAGGUGAAGCCGGCCGGCGGGGAGCCGCUGCUGGUGAAGAAGAACGUGGCGUACAGCCGGCUGGCGGUGGACAGGGUGCGGGCCCUCGACGGGCGCUCCUACGACGUGCUCUUCAUGGGGACGGGAGACGGCUGGAUCCACAAGGCCGUGGUGCUGGGCUCCGGUGUUCACAUCAUUGAGGAGGUGCAGGUGUUCGGGGACCCCCAGCCCGUGGAGACCCUGGUGAUCUCGCACGCCCAGAGGAGCCUGUACGUGGGGGCGGCCAGCGAGGUGCUGCAGGUGCCCCUGGCCGCCUGCGCCCGCUACGCCUCCUGCUACGACUGCAUCCUGGCCCGCGACCCCUACUGCGCCUGGGACGGCCGGGCCUGCCGCGAGACGGCCUCGGCGGACAGCGCGGCGCUGGUGCAGGACGUGCAGCGCGGCAACGAGGGAUGCCGGAGCAGCAGCGCCGCACGGGCCUCCCUGCCGCGGAAGAACCGGACGGUGCUGCGGGGCGACGACGUGCUGCUGCCCUGCGACCAGCGCUCCAACCUGGCGCGGGCCGUGUGGCUGCUGAACGGCACGGAGGCGCCGGGCGCGGGGCGGGAGCGCCUGCGCGUCGGCGUGGACGGGCUGCUCGUGACGGACACGCUGCCCGAGCACAGCGGCGAGUACCGCUGCUACGGCGAGGAGCGCGGCCUCCGGACGCUGCUGGCCGCCUACAGCCUCACCGUGCUGCCCGAGCUGCCCCGCGCCGCCGCCACGCCGCCGCCGCGGCCCCACGCCGCCAGCCAGGCGGGCGGCGACGUGAAGGUCGUCUACAUCUCCGCCAUCACCAUCCUGGUGGGGCUGUGCGUGGUGCUCAGCACCGUCCUCCUCUACGUGUCCUGCCUGCAGAAGCGCAAGGGCAAGUACAUCCUAGGGGAGCCCCGGGCCUCCAGCGUGGAGCUGCAGACUGUCUCGGCCAACUGCCUCCGCAAAGGCCGUGGCGGCGAAGAGGAGGAGGAGGAGGACGAUGAGGAGGAGGACGGACUCGCCUACCCCGACGGCUGCUUGCAGAUCAUCCCCGGCGAGGCCCCGACGGCCACGGCGUCCCCGGCCACGGCGUCCCCGGCCAAGGAGCCGCCGCCACCGCCGCCGCCGCCGCUGCCCUCCGAGCUCACCAACGGCGUGGGCGCCCUGCCCAACGUGCUGCGCAAGAUGAACGGCAACAGCUACAUGCUGCUGCAGCAGCAGGAGGAGCCGCUGGCCUCGCCGCUCUACAGCGCCUCCUUCACCGAGGAGCUCAGCAAAAUCCUGGAGAAGCGGAAACACACGCAGCUGGUGGAGAAGCUGGACGAGAGCUCCGUGUAGGGGCUGGGGGGGCCCCGGCGUCCCCGAGCCCCCAGGACCCUCGAGCCCUCGCCCCGGCCCCUUCUCUCACCCCUUGCCAGCAGUGUUACAAGACUCAGGCGAAACUACCUCCCGAAGCGAAGCGCCGGGCCGGACCCAGGCUUGCUUGGCGGUUCCUUUGGCUUUUCACUCGCUUUUGAGACUUGCUGUACAAAAGGGAAAAGAAAAAAAAGAAGAAUCUAUUUAAAUUUGGGAGCUCUAUUUAUGUAUAAAAACCCCACCGAUGGUGGCCACGAGCUGGAGGCAGGAGCCAGAGCCUGGCUGAAGGCGGAUACGGGGU